AUGUCUGCACAAGACCGUGCUAGACCUCCGUCAGGCACCGCAGUGGAGGGGGAGCCGAGGAAACAGGCGCCGGAGUCUCUAUUUCAACGGUGUGUGCGCAAAUGGAUGGAUUUCAGUGACUACCUCUCCUUCUCCUUUCUUGGUGGACCACAGUGCAUCAAGCUUGCUCACGUCAUCAAUUUUCAAAAAUGCACGACGCUUUUUGUCUGCAGUGCCAUGAUGUGGAGGUCUGGAAACUUCUCCGCGACUGCGACGACUUACACCGCCUUGCACGGCAGCUACGGACUCUGCUGGUACCUGAAGCACCUGGUCUUCCCGGACCCACGGUGGAAUGUGAAGAUCACCAUCGGGAGCGCCCUUGCCGCCUUCGCGGCGGUGCUUGGUCCUUACUGGGUGAUUGCCUACAACGCCAUAAUGCAAGGCGCAGAGCGAUCGAACGCCGCUCUCUGUGCCGCGACAGUGGUGUACGUUGUCGGCCUCGCGAUCAUGAUGGGGGCGGAUGGGCAGAAAUACUUCGUACUGCGAGAGCGCAAAGGCCUCAUUACAAACGGCUUCUUUGCCCGCACGCGAAACCCCAACUACCUUGGUGAGGUAAUGAUCUAUGGCUCCUUUGCCUUUGUUUCGAGUCGUACGAGCUCGUGGGUGAUCUUACUGACGAUCUGGACGGGUCUUUUCCUUCCAUCGAUGCUCGCCAAGGACGCCCGGAUGAGUCGUCACGCUGGGUGGAGGGCAUAUGUGCAAAGGACCGGGCUCUUUUUUCCCCGUAUCAAGUGA